AAGCUAUAUAAAACUAUUGGUUUAUCUGGUCGUUGCUUAGUGCUCGCGUUGUCGUACACGGAAUAUCUCGUUAACGCUUCAACAACAAAAUGUUUUACAGUUCAGUUUCAUUUCUUGUUCUGUUGUGUGUCAUCGGCGGUGGACACUUCGCGCAAAUACCGGACUACAUAAAAAUAUGCAAACGAGAUCAAACCACAAUCGCUAGCUGCGUGCGGAACUCGAUCGAGAACCUUCGACCCAACCUCAUUGCCGGUAUUCCUGAGCUGAACGUGCCGAGUUUAGAACCUUUUUAUAUUCCAGAGAUAGUAGCAGUGAGUGGUGACUUGAUCCCACUCAAGGCUUCAGGAAAAGAUGUGAAGGUAUCGGGAGCUGGUAACUUUUCUAUCAAAAGUAUAUCUGUAGAUUUGGACACCCUCACCAUCCGCGGGCGGGUUCGAUUCCCGCGGCUUCACUUGGACGGCCGCUACAACCUUGACACGCAAAUCCUUAUUCUGCCGCUCCGGGGUGAAGGAAACCUCGUCGCUGAUGCCGUGAGAUGCGACGCAGAAAUCCUUCUAAAAUCGCGGCUAGUACAGCGCGACGGCGCAGAGUACCUUGACUUCACGAGCCUGAACGUUGACAUCGCCAUCAAAGACUAUCGCAUCCGAUUGGACGGACUCUUCAACGGGAACAAAGCUUUAGGAGAUGCAACCAAUGAGGCGAUCAAUCAAAACCGAGUAGAAUUUUUGAAGACAAUGCUGCCGUACCUCGAGAAGACUGUAGCCAAGAUCUUUCUAGAUACUGCUAACAAAAUUGUGGCGCCAAUCCCCUUCGAUGAACUAUUACCUAAAGUAUAAAAAAUGACAAAGCACCUAGUAACUAUUGUUAAUAUAAGUAAGUUAUUGAAUGGUGGGAUAAUAUGGUAUUAGACAUAUGUAUACAGCAAAGACGUAUCAAUGUGAUAAUAAUGACGAAUAAAUCAAACAAGCUGAACAUCGAACUAGAAUAAACAAUGUAGAAAUUAAACAAAUAUUCUUGGUGUGGAACUAAGCAAUUAAUGGUUUUCAAUAUGUAAAACUUGUAUACUAUGUGUAUAGCAGUGGCGAAGGAUGAAAUUUAGAAGAAUGCAAGCCGUCCCAAAGAAAAAGGAAUUCAUAUAGCAUGAUACAAACUCUGAUUUCUCAUGCAUCUAGAUACAGUACAACAAUGAUUAUUAGGCAUGGAUUUUUAAUAGUAACCCGACGGGAAUCGGCUUGCAUGAACCCUUCGCCGCUGAACACUUGUGUUUCAUUUCAUCGUAUAAAUAGUCUACAAACGAACAUGCGGGUCUUGUUAAGUAACAAGACCAGCCAAUGGUCAUUUUAAGUGAUGCAACAUCAUGAGUUGUCCUAAUGAGGUGUCAUCACUCAACUUUUUUAGGGGUUUGUUUAACCAUCUGAAAUAUCAUAAUAUGUGUGAAAACAACGCAGUAGAGUUACAUUUUUCAGAAAGGAAUGUUCCAUGUACAUGUAUCUUGUUUCUAGUGGUACUUAUUUAUUACCCAUUAACCAAGAAAGCAUUUUUGAAUACUGUUCUAAGUAUACAUAUAAUAGAACUACCUAUUUAUUACUUUACGGAAGUUCAUAUAUAACACAUACAAGCGAAAUACUAUAAUCGACAAUAAACUUUGCUACAAUAUUUUUGCAUGCAAAAUAUUAUUUGGAAUAUUUUAUAUUAAAGUUAAACGAUCGUUUAGUUAUUUUUUUUAUUUUGAUAUUGGUUGUUAAAUUGAGUUUCAUUAAAAAUAGCAAAAUAAAUUUGCUAUUCUUUAUAACGUUUUAAGCUUUUAAGUUCUGCUCUGUAAGACUUCAGUAAUCUCGUAAGUAAUGUCUAGUAUUUCAGUACUAUUUUUGUUAACUAAUAAAUAUUUGUUAGGUCUCAGUCCAUUAGUAGUAUGUUAUUUAAACCUAGUAUAUUUGAUAAGUUUAUAUAAGAUUUUAGUGUGAUAAAAAUGAAUGCUGAAUGUCUUUCAUACAAUAAUGUGACUUUGAAUACAAAUACACUGAAAAUUAUAUUCUCUGUGCCUACUUGUUCAUACACAUAUUUGUAAUUCAGUUAGAAUUAAAAUCUAUAUUUGUUUGGUGUUGAAGCAAUAUUGUGAUAUUACAUAAUGUAUAUUUAUAGUAAAAAUGCAAGAUGUAAAAAAAUAAAUGCAUUUAUUUUAAAA